UAGAAGAAGAGAUUGACGAACAUUUCACAAGUUUGUAAGACUGACAGUUGCUGGGCUGUUCAAUAGGACUUUUAUUACCAUUCAUAUAAAUUUGCCCUAAAGACUGGGACUCCUUUUAAACAUUGCAUGUAUUUGUGAAACAUUGAAGAUUGUUGGUCGAAUUCCUCACUAGAGGUCCAGUAGAGGUCAUAGAGCUUUGGUCAGCAGAUGGGCAAAGGACAUUUUUGAUAGAUCUAGGCACAAAACCCUUUCACCAUGUCCAAUGUGGAUGCACUUCUGGAUUUUGAUGAAUCCCCCACAUCUGCUCCCCCGGCUCAGAACGGAACAAGCAAGUCAGUGGAUCCAUUCGAUCCUUUCGGGCCCAGUCCAACAGAAGAAUCAGGAGAUGUUGAGUUCCUUGUCGACUUUGGGACCUCUUCUAAAGACUCCAGUACGGAGCAACCACAGCCUCUCAACCCUUUGUAUGACAUGAUGCACACCAAUAACUCCCAUAGUGAAGAUCUACUGGUAGAUUUUAAUCAGAAUGGAAAGCAGCAAGAUUCACAGGAGUUUGAGUUUACCAUUGAGACCUCUGCAACAGAUGAGCAAGAAGAAGAAGGUAGUGACCAUUAUGAAGAACAGGAAGAUGAGAGGGUAGAACAAGAUGAAAGAGAGGAAGAACAGUCAGAAGAAGAAGAAGAAGAAGAAGAAGUAGAAGAUGACAGUAGAGAGCCGGAGGUAUCUUCAGGUGAUGAGGAUUCUACUGAGGUGGUACAGACAACCCGUCAAGAAGACGGAGAACUGGUGACAGAGACUACGACAAAGACGCGUCAUGUUAAUGAGGACGGCGGAGUGGUUAUUAAAACAGAGACUGAGGUGAUCACCACCAAGACCAGAACUGGGGACUUCAUGCAUGAUGUGGUCUUGGACCCUCAGAGAUUACUAGCCAGAACACAUUCUGAGUCCACUCUGGCCACCUAUGAGGGGGACAAUGCCAGUAUGUAUUUAGCUGACUUUGAUGAUCAGGGGGUAGAUGGUGGUCCAGAUACUGCAAAUUUAGACGACUUUCAAGGGGAGGAUGAGGAUAAGGAUGUGAAAAGAAGGGAGCAAAGAAUUAAAGAGAGAAUGCAACUGCAUGCUCUUUCCGAGUCUGGGUCCUCUGAAGAUGAAGGGGAAGAGGAAAGAGAUCAUGAAAUUAAUGAAGUUUUUCAAGCAAACAGACCAGAAGAGAUAGAGCUUCCUGAACCAGAAAAAGGAAAAGCGCCUUCCUCUGUUUCCAGUACAGAAGAAAAAGAAAAUGCUGCUGAUUCACGUCGCCCUCGGUCCCUCUCUCGCUCAUUUGAAGAAUAUUCAGACAUGUAUGAAGAGUACAAGCCUCCCAAGAAAUAUGUUAAACCUCCUGUGAAGGAGGACAAAGGGCCAAAAACUGUUAUUGUGACUGACACACAUAGAACCAGUUCUCCCAAUUCUCUGGACAACAAUGACCAAUCUAAUGACCAUUCUGAGGACGUGAGUGAGGAUGAGAAUGCUGGACAAGUGGACACAGGUCCACACAUCGUUCAAACUACAUAUUCAUCUACUUCCAAUGGCGGCCUGCAUACAUUUGGAGCUUCACAGGUGGCAGUACCUAAGAAAGCAGAUCGGACCAGUCUGAGUUCACAGCCUGAUGACACACCCAGGGAGCUGGUCAGAUGUGAGUGUUGUUGACAUUGUAAACACUG